AUGUUGACGAUUGAAACUGAAUUAGAUAUUCAAUUGUGGAAAUUAGACGACAAAGACUUUGAAAAAUUUCUUAAUUAUCAAAAACAACAUCGAAUCAAUGAUAAUGAAAUUGAAAAUCUUGCAUCGCAAUGCAUUCUUGAUGAACUCGACGGUAAAGUUUAUAAUUCUCCCUUAGGUAUGCAAAUAUCACAGAACAUAUCCAAAAAUCUUUGCCAAGAACUUGCGCAGAAGUCUCCUUCUUAUAAAAUCAUUAUCCAAACAUUUGUUGGAAAACUAUCCGAUGAGAAGAAUAUCCAAGUACAUGUUUCAUAUCGUUUCGAUCAACGAACAGAUAAAUGUUUCAUAAUUACAAAACAUAAUGGGCAAAUAUAUUGUUCGUGCAUUAUUUUACUACUUUUCUAUUAUCAAUCUGAUCAUCAACGUAUGAAGUCAUAA